CUGUUCCCCAAGCGGCGGAUGAUACAGCGGAAAUCGGACUAUAACGCAACGCAAUUCGGUACUUCUUCUACUGGCCGGCCAGUUUGCCGCUGGGAUGAACGUUAGCAAUUUUGCCCCCCUAUGUCCUCGCCCACACCCUGCGCUUGUGCGCACAGCCCGUUUAUGGUCACCGGGGUCUAUGCGUGGUCAUUUUUUUCUCGAGAAACCCAUCAACUUUCCGCAAUCUGAGGAGGGAGCUGCAGGAAGCGCAGAGAGAAACCUUACACGGUUAACCGCCAGCCGGGUUGCGUAUCCUCGGUCUCCAUAAAUCUGGCAGCCUGCUGAAAAUGCGAUCGCUGCAGCUCCUGUUCAACCCGAAUCUGCUGUUCUCCCGGCCCCUUUCCACCUACUUAUCCCGCACGAGGUAUCUGAUGACGCUGAAAGAGGACGACGAAGCGUGCCGGCACGCGCUGAAAUCCGGAACCCUGCUGCUCUACCACGAGCUCGCGCCUCUCCUGCGGCGCAGCGAAGGCACCUGUCACCUGGCACGUUUUACCUGUCCAGAUGUUGGGAGAACUUUGGAGGAGCUGGGAAAAGGUAAAGAGCUCAUCAGAGAGGCAGUUUUGCUUGGCUGCAGAGAGACCGGCGUGCCUCAGUUUGCCCUGGAUGUCGGCGGAUUCGAUCGGAAUGGGAUGGAGCAGCUCUGCAACGGUGUUUUCACUGAUCUUAGGAAAGCCUUCUUUCUGCUUACAGAACCAGAGGCCUCUCUGGCAGCUAAAGGCCAGGCCCUCCUGCGCUGGCACCAGACGCAUGGGUUCUGCAGUGCCACUGGGCAGCCCACGGUGCGCAACCAGUCUGGCAGCCAGCGUGUCUGCCCCAACAGUGGCGUCACCUACUACCCCCAGAUGGCGCCAGUGGUGAUAGUUCUGGUGUCGGAUGGGAGCAGGUGUCUCCUGGCUCGCCAGCGUUCGUUCCCUACGGGCAUGUACAGCGCGUUGGCUGGUUUCUGUGACCUCGGGGAGACGCUCGAGGAGGCCUUGCGGAGGGAGCUAGCCGAGGAGGUGGGGCUGGAGGCGGAGGAUCUGCGCUACUCAGCGUCACAGCACUGGCCGUUCCCUCAGAGCUCGUUUAUGGUGGCCUGCCACGCUACAGUCAGCCCACACAAAACGCAGGUAAGCCUGGAUAAGACAGAGCUGGAAGAUGCCCGCUGGUGCAGUCUGGAAGAGAUCCAGGCAGCACUGACGAUCAGGAAACCCCCACAUAACCCAGAGGCACAACCUCCAGGCUUCUGGAUCCCACCCGCUUACGCCGUAGCCAACCGGCUCAUCCAGGAGUGGGCUGACGAGCGAGGGCUUAAACUGAAAUAGCGCAGGUCUCCGUGUGGAAUGUAUAGGUCACCUCUGAGCCUUCUCAUCACAGUAAACCCAAGCGUGAGAGCAGAUGAACUCAAAAUGCUUGUUCAUCUUCCAGAGCGACCCAGAGAAAGGCAACAGAUACACAAUGAGAGUUACAUGAUGGAAUCUGAUGCAUUUUUAAAAAUAUAAUUAACAUAGAAAAAUGUCGAAGGAAAGUAUUUCAACUGAAGAUGCUAGUACAUGAACUUCAAAAGAAAGGCACACAUGUUGUGCUGAAUGUAUAUUGACUCACUACUGCUUUUUGGUUGUAAUCCCUGAUCCAGUCAACACCCUGGCACAGCUUGUUUCUUCGUAGGCCCAGUUUUACCGCUACUUGCCUGAAGCACGCCACCGAAUCCACAGCUCAGACAUGAGCCUUUUGUAAUCUUGCCGGUGGUUCCCUCCUCUAAACCUUACCCUUGGUGAUCCUGCAGCUUUUAGAUGGGCCUUCUUAGGUUCAGUGUGCCCCUGACCGUGUCGACAAGUAACAAUUUUGGUCACCAGGCUUGAACGCUAAUUCGGCCACAACUCUGCUGCCUUGUUACUGACGGCUGGUUCACCCGGGCUCACGUAGAGGUCGAGAGGCCUUGGUAUGCUGCUCUAACAGUGAGGCAGGGAAGCACGACUGCAGGGGAGACAGCAGCCACGUGGAACACGAAGUCUGCAGUCUGGACUUUUCCCUUUCCAAAGGCAGAUACUGCAGGCUGUCUUCAGAUAACUUAAUUUGAAUUAAAAAAAACAAAACAAAACAAAAAAAAAACCACCACCAUUUCACACACACACACAUAUUUACA